ACGAAGACUAAUUAUUGUCCAAUAUCACUGCGCAACGAGUAUGGCAGCAUCACAUCCACAUGACUUUAUCCUCUCCUUCCCCCCUCCAUCCUCAUCCAAAACCCUCCCAAUAUGGCUUCAACCCAGCAACACUCUGCAUCCAAUACCUACGACAGACUCGCCGAGCUCAAAUCUUUCGACGAGACAAAAGCCGGAGUCAAAGGACUCGUCGACGCCGGAAUCACCCACAUCCCUCGAAUCUUCCACACCCCGCCGCACAUUCUCGACAACCGACCUCCAGCCGCCGGCGAUCCCAACCUCUUCACUCUCCCGGUCAUUGACCUGGCCGGCAUCCAUCAUCACCACCACGAUCCAGACAAGCGAAAGGAAGCGGUCGAGAGAAUCAGGGAGGCAUCGGGUAAUUGGGGUUUUUUCCAGGUGCUGAAUCAUGGAAUCCCUGCGAGCACCCUGGAGGAGAUGAAAUCAGGGGUUCGCAGGUUUUUCGAGCAGGAUUUGUCGCGGAAGAAGGAAUUCUUCUCCCGUGACUUUACUGGGAAGAUGGCUUACAACAGCAACUUCGAUCUCUACACUGGCCCUGCUACCAAUUGGAGGGAUACCAUUUACUUCAGCAUGGCCCCUGAUCCUCUCCAGCCCCACCAAUUGCCCGCCGCCUGCAGAGACAUUGUGACAGAGUAUUCCAAACAAGUGCUGAAACUAGGAGACUUGUUGUUCGAAUUGUUAUCGGAAGCUCUAGGACUGCCUGCAGAUCGAUUAAAGAAUCUGGAGUGUGGGAAAGGACUUCAGGUGGUGUGCCAUUACUACCCGGCUUGUCCUCAGCCGGAGCUCACUCUGGGAGCGAGCAAGCACGCAGACAAUGACUUCAUUACGCUGCUUCUGCAAGACGAUGUUGGAGGUCUCCAGGUUCUUCAUCAGAAUCACUGGGUCGACGUGAUUCCCUUGCCGGGAGCGAUAGUGGUGAACAUCGGAGACAUGCUUCAGCUGAUAUCUAAUGACAAGUUCAUAAGCGUGGAGCACAGAGUGAUACCGAAUAAAAGAGGGCCUAGAAUCUCCGUCGCGUGCUUCUUUAGCACUUUCCUUGCUCCGAACUCCACCAAGUACGGACCUAUAAAGGAGUUGUUGUCGGAAGACGAUCCGCCAAAGUACAGGGAAACCACUUUGCCAGAGUAUGUUUCGCACUUUAAUAGCAAGGGGCUUGAUGGGACUUCCGCUCUUCUGCACUUCAAGCUCUGAAACCUGGACAUCACCGAGUGUGAAUGUAGGACCGUUUGGCCCGAUGCCAAGAGAGAGGGGCAAAAAUUAGUAGUCUGCAGAUGGUAAUUCUGGAAUUAAAGUUAGUCAUUUAUGCAGUUGAGAGUCUGAUAACAGUGAGUUUGAUAGUCUAUUUGGGAAGGACAAAAUAGACAUGAACUUAUAUU